CGAGGUCGGUCAGCGCACGUUGUGCAAUACAGCUGUACCCGGACAGGUUGUUCUGUAAUAUACAUACUGAAUCCAGUGGGGCUCUGGUCAGGUGAGGAAGGCUUUGAAACGCCAAGCGUGUACGCUUAAAGACUUCAGGACGAUAGAGGAAUUUCCGGCGAAAUAAUAAUGAAGCAGAGUUGUGCUGUACCUGCAUUUCUGAGCAAGCUCUGGACGUUGGUGGAAGACCCUUCUACCAAUGAUCUGAUCAGCUGGAGCCGAAAUGGCUCCUGCUUCCAGGUCUCCAACGAGCGCCGCUUCGCCAAGGAGAUCCUGCCUCUCUACUUCAAGCACAACAACAUGGCCAGCUUCGUUCGGCAGCUCAACAUGUAUGGCUUCCACAAGAUGGCGCAUGCGGAUGCAGGUCUGCCCCGGGACAGGGAGGAGAGUGUGGAGUUCCGGCACCCACACUUUCAGUGUGGGCAGCUCCACCUCCUGGACCGCAUAAAGAGGAAGGUGUCUAUUAGCCGGGGAGGGGAGGAGGGAAGGAUGAAGCAGCAGCAGGAGUUCUCCCAGAUCCUCCUCGACAUCCGUCAGGUGCAGUGCUGCCAGGAAGUGGCGGACUCCAAGCUUCUGGCUAUCAAACGGGAGAACGAGAGCCUGUGGAACGAGGUGGAUUCUCUGCGGCAGAAAUACCAGCAGCAGCACAAAGUCAUCCGCAAGAUUAUUCAUUUCAUUGCCAGCAUGGCCCAGUCCAAAGGCAUCACAGGCAGAAAGAGGAAGCUUCCUUUAAUGAUCGACAAUUCCGGACUGUCCCACUCCCAUCCCAAGUACAGCCGGCCAAUCACCAUGGACUCCAGCCAGGAGACCUCAGUUUUCCACGGGAUUCCGGAGCUUUAA